AGUUGAACACUGAAAAAGCAAUUGAAAUAUCGAGAGAGAGAGAGGCCUUGGGGGUUUCUUCACUUUGGUGAUGGUGUUGUCGAAUCCGCUAUCCCACAGUGUCAUCUCCGUCAUUUGACUGCUCAUGCUCUUCUCCUUCUCCACCGGUGGCGGUGUCUUUUGGAAAUGGAUUGUGUUCGCCGAAGCUAGCACUGGAAGCACCAGGUCGGGGAGGAACGGCUGGAUUGUUGGUGGCGCUGGCGGUGGUUUCUGGGGUGCCGCUACGGCUCCUUCCAAUGUUGGUAUCGCCAUCGCUGUCACGGCCAUGGCCGGUAUCGCCUUGGCCGGCACCGUCGUCUAUUCUCGGAGGGGUGGGCUUAAAUCACCUUGGUCGCGUAGGAGAAGAAAACAAGCGCUUUUACCAAAGCAAUGGAAAAGUUUAUCUGUGCCUGAUGGGAAACUGUGUGAUGGUGGUGUUAAGUUUCUGAAGAAAGCACGAAGUGGGGGUAUUGAUCCAAGUCUUAGACCAGAGGUUUGGCCAUUUCUCCUUGGAAUCUAUGAUGUGAACAGUUCCAAGGAAGAAAGAGAUUGCAUCAGAGAUCAGAAAAGAAAAGAAUAUGAGAAUCUACGGAAACAGUGCUGGCGGAAGCUCAAAUGCAAUGACAGGAGUUUUAAGGCCAAGGAAGCUGCUGAAAUCAGCAGCGCUGAGGUUAGUAGGGACUUGAGUCAAGUUAUGGAUUCUCCUAGAUUAGAAGAUGUUGCUAGUUCCAGGAGGUCACCUUCUGCUGAGCAAGGCAACAUAACUGCCGAGGAUUCGGAUUGCCCCGACCAAGCCCCUCAGGGCUCUGACUCGAUAUUGGAAGGAGAUGGCACUUAUGAAGAUGGCUUGGCUGGAGACACAGAGUCAAGUGAUCCUGAUUCCUCUGAAGAACCUGAAAUCGCAGAAUCUUUUCUUGCAACUGAAUUUACUGGUGAAAAUGAUUUUCAUCUGCCUUCUUGGGGGAAUUCCUCUCCCUCUGAGACAGAAAGCAAGUUGAAAUUGCAGCUGAGAAUCAUGCGUGUUGAUGCAGUGCAGGCAAAUGGUGAAUGGAUAAUGUACUCGCCAUCUCAGGCUGCAGUACCAGAGAUGAAGGCAUGGCAGUUCGCUGAGAGUGUAGGGUUGCAGGACUAUGAUCACUUGGAGCCAAGCAGGAUCUUUCAUGCUGCUCGCCUUGUCACUAUCCUUGAGGCAUAUGCACUUUAUGAUCCUGAGAUUGGUUACUGUCAAGGAAUGAGUGAUUUACUCUCACCCAUUAUUGCAGUGAUGGAGGAGGAUUUUUUAGCCUUCUGGUGUUUUGUGGGCUUCAUGAAGAAAGCCCGGCACAAUUUCCGUCUCGAUGAAGUGGGAAUCCGGAGGCAACUGGGUCUUGUUUCCAAGAUAAUCAAGUGCAAGGAUAGCCAUCUCUACAAGCACCUGGAGAAGCUUCAAGCGGAAGACUGCUUCUUUGUGUACAGAAUGGUGGUGGUUCUUUUCAGAAGGGAGUUAAACCUUGAUCAAACACUCUGCCUCUGGGAGGUGAUGUGGGCUGACCAGGCAGCAAUACGGGCAGGGAUUGCCCAGUCUGCCUGGGGGAGGAUGAGGCUAAGGGCCCCUCCUAGUGAUGAUUUGCUGCUUUAUGCAAUAGCAGCUUGUGUGCUGCAGAGGAGGAAACUGAUCAUUGAGAAGUACAGCAGUAUGGAUGAGAUCAUGAGAGAGUGCAAUAGCAUGACUGGCCAGUUGGAUGUCUGGAAGCUUCUCGAUGAUGCUCAUGACUUGGUGGGCAACCUGCACGACAAGAUUUAAGAAAGAAUCUUUCCUAAACCUCUUUAUCUCCCUUGUUCUCUAUAGAUUUCCAUUUUUUUUUCCUUUUGUCCUUGUCGCAAUGUUCAGAUCCCUUCAAAACUAAGGGAUCUUCAGAUCACUUAACAAACGCAACUUAAGGCAAUUUGUGUAAUGGGGUAAGUUUAUGGAAAUCCGAAUGCGGUGCCCGCACUCAGCCCACCUCGAGUGAUGGUGGCAUUAUUGCAAAAUUAGCAUUUCUAAUCUUCGUUUU